UACAUUUCAAACUUCAUACUCUCAACAAUAUACAUUUGUUUUAACAGUGUGUAUAACGCAUCGCAAUUUGUUUCUAUGUUAUUCCAUUACAUCUUGAAAACAUUUUCUUAUCUUAAGUCAAAACAGUGUCUGUACGCACAACUUGUACAUUACGUCAUAUUUUGCGUUGUCAUAAGUCUUAACUUUGCCAAGUUAUAAAUGUUUAAGUUUCGAGUUGUAAGCUUCCUCAUGUCAUGCUUGGUUUGUUCAAGUUUGUUUCGCAUUCAGAGCAAGAGUAAGUUGGUUAAAAAACCCAGCCUGAUUUAGUUAUGAUUGGGCAUGAAGAUUUCAUAAACGGAUUUUCAGUAACGUGGAGCAGUGUUUUGCAUGAAGUGAUGAAGCCAGAUGCCAACGCAGUGGAAUCUGAACCCGGCAGAGUACAGCCAGCGCGUGCUGUGGUCGUGGAGCGGAUAAAUGCCAUCGCGUGAAGCGCUAACCCCCACGAAGAGAACUCCAUGUCUUUCUUGGACUGCUCCUGCAUCUCCCCCACUCAGGUCCAGCCAAUCAGCAUAGAGGACCAGUAUGAGGACGUCAGCCACCAAUACCUGAGCUCCGACGUCUCAGAAUGCACUUUCACCUGGGGUGGUGCAGGCAGUGAUGACAUCACAGCGCUCUCUGCUAACUCCGCCCACUACCAGCUGCUGUCAGAGCUGGGGAAAGGCUUCAACAACCUGAGCCAGGUGUGCAUGGCGCGCCACACCCCCUCCCGCCAGCUGGUGGCAGUCAAGAACACCAACCUGGAUGAGUGUACUGAGGAUGAGCUGCUACAGUUGAUGAACGAGGUUCUUCUCUCCAGGCUUUUCCGCCACCCCAACCUGCUGACCUCUCGCCUGGUCUUCAGCUCCUGCUGCCAGCUCUGGGUCCUCACACCACUCAUGGGCUACGGUUCGGCAGAUAGCCUGCUGAGGACCUUCUUCCCUGACGGGAUGAGUGAGUCCCUGAUCGCUUACCUCCUCCACGGAGUCCUGAAGGCUCUGCAAUACCUGCACCUCAUGGGCUACGUGCACAGGGGAGUGAAGGCCAGUCACAUCCUGCUGUCUGGGGAGGGCCGUGUCUACCUCUCAGGGCUGCACAGUGUUUACAGUAUGAUGCGGGAUGGGAAGAAGGUGAGGACUGUGUACGACAUGCCCCACCACAGCCCCGCCCUGCUACCCUGGCUCAGCCCAGAGCUGCUACGACAGGACCUGCAUGGCUAUGGGGUGAAGUCAGACAUCUACAGUCUGGGGAUAGUAGUCUGUGAGCUGGUCAGUGGCAGGGUGCCUUUCCAGGACAUGCCCCCUACACAGAUGCUCCUCCAGAAGCUGCGUGGGUCCCACUGCUGCCUGCUGGACGUGGCCCCCUCCCCCCUCGGGGAGCUGAGGGGGCUGAAGGUGUCCCGCUCCGGGGUGGACUCUGGCAUCGGGGAGAGUGUUGCCACAGGCAGCCUGACCCGCACCGCCACCGCCGAGAGACCUCAGAGCCCCGCCCCCAAGAACCACUCGGUCACCCUGCACAACCUGGUCCAGCUGUGUCUGCAACAGCAGCCCGACUGCAGACCCUCUGCUUCUACACUGUUGACCCAUGCCUUCUUCAAACAGGUGAAAAGGCAUCAUACCCGGGACUCCUUCCUCAGUCUCAUGUACCCCGCGGUGCCCCUUGGAGUUUCCAGCCCCGAUGACCCCCCUGUGCCCUGCUCCCCUACCCCGUCCUGCCACCCCCCCACCUCCGCCAUCGCUCACUCCACAGAGGAGGUGUGGGACUUCUCCUAACCCUCCUCCCUGCCCCCUUCCACCUCUGCCCCCCACAUCCCAAAACCUGACAACCAAGCCUAACUCAAGACAAUCAUAACGAUAAAAAAAACAGCGAGCCCAAACCUUUCUACUGUGCUCUGAUUGGACCUGUCCUACCCACCACUCUGAACCUUUCUACUGUGCUUUGAUUAGACCUGUCCUACCCACCACUCUGAGCCUUUCUACUGUGCUCUGAUUGGACCUGUCCUACCCACCACUCUGAACCUUUCUACUGUGCUUUGAUUGGACCUGUCCUACCCACCACUCUGAGCCUUUCUACUGUGCUCUGAUUGGACCUGUCCUACCCACCACUCUGAGCCUUUCUACUGUGCUUUGAUUGGACCUGUCCUACCCACCACUCUGAGCCUUUCUACUGUGCUCUGAUUGGACCUGUCCUACCCACCACUCUGAGCCUUUCUACUGUGCUCUGAUUGGACCUGUCCUACCUACCACUCUGAGCCUUUCUACUGUGCUCUGAUUUGACCUGUCCUACCUACCACUCUGAGCCUUUCUACUGUGCUCUGAUUGGACCUGUCCUACCCACCACUCUGAGCCUUUCUACAAGUUUUCUAUGCUUUUCUAUGUUUGUUUUGGAACUCAAAUAAGGUUCUGCAGGUGGAUGUUUGUUGUCUUGAGUCUUGUCCUGGAGGCAGAACUGAGCCAUUUCCCCUUAGAUAGGCCAGCUGCUGGAAUAGGAGGGCGGGAUUAUUGAAGCUGCUCUGCCUGGACCAUCCAAUGAGGAUCUCUGUGCCAUGGGUGUGGCUGCCGGUCAACGCCACUGACAACCAAUGACGUUGCAGGACAGUGAGGACACACCCCCUAUGCCAGUUUAAAGACCUAUCACUGGACUCAUAUGGAUCGUACUACGAACAGUAAUGUGAACUAUUUUAGGCUAUUAGACUGUGAAAGGGCAUAGAUAAUAAUGUGUCAGGGUUUGAAGAGGAAGAUAAUAGAUGUUGGAGAGUGUGUAAGUGUUAAAUCAGUGUGUGAGCAGAGACGGUACGAGAAUAGCUAGUGUGUUAGAGGAAGUUCUAUGGUUAUUCCUCUUGUCUUGUGAAACCAGCCUGAUCUCGCGAUAGCUCACAUUCCCGAAGUGAAACUAAACGUGAGCUCAGCAGUCCGUCUGAUUGACCAGGCUGCUAUCCCUCCCCCGUACAACCAGUGAAAUCCCUGGGAUCCAAUAAGAUCUAUAACACUACCACUACUGUGGUUUGAGAUGCACUACCCUAUACACGUCCUCCGAGUCAUAAUAAACGUAUGGGAGGGUCCUCAAUUGUAUCGUUUUAAUGAAAUCUGUGAACUGUUUAUGAUACAUUGAUGUGUUUUAUUCUGUGGUUGAUGAUUAUGUGUAUGAGAGACAUUGUAUGUAUCAGUGCAUAUCAAACAUGUUAUAGCUGUAUGAGCCUUAUAGAAGCCUUAUAAAUAUAUUCAUGAUCCAUUUUUCUA